AUAUUAUUUUAUUAGUUAGUAAGGAUGAAAGCAAAAGAUCCUUGUUGCCAUAUUCCACAAAUCACGAACAGCUCAUUCUUUGUCUUUUGUGAAUUCCUCCUUGAUAUAUGCCUCAAUCUGCCCACCCAGAUCGUCAUUCGUUAACUAGUUAGUUCCCUUUUCAUUUCAUGUCUCUCCUUUUCACCUUUGUUUUUGCCACUUCAAUUUUCUGGUUAACAUGGAUGUACCUUAAAUCCAAGAAGGGGAAGCCGCCACCCCCACCAGGCCCUCUAGGCCUCCCCUUAGUGGGAAACCUUCCCUUCCUUCGUACUGACCUUCACUCCUACUUCUCUGAACUAGCUCACAUCUACGGUCCAGUUGUGAAACUCCAGCUUGGAGGCAAGCUUGCGAUCCUGAUAACCUCCCCAUCCACGGCUCGAGAAGUUCUUAAAGACCAAGACAUCGCGUUUGCUAACCGUGAUGUGCCUGUGGUUGCCAAGGUUGUAACCGGCGGCCGUGAUAUAGUUUGGAACCCCUAUGGCCCGGAAUGGAGGAUGUUAAGGAAAGUAUGCGUUAUCAAGAUGCUUAGCAAUGCUACUUUGGAUAAAGUAUAUAGUCUUCGCCGUCAAGAAGUACGAGAAACCAUAGGUUAUUUAUAUAGUAAGGCCGGUUCGCCUGUAAACGUGGGAGAGCAGAUGUUUUUAACUAUCUUGAAUGUGGUGACCAAUAUGAUAUGGGGCGGGUCCAUGGAAGGGGAGGCCAGGGCGAGCCUUGGUGCAGAGUUCAGGCAAGUCAUCUCAGAAGUAACAGAACUUUUGGGUCUACCUAAUGUUUCGGAUUUCUUCCCGGCGUUGGCCCCGCUUGAUUUGCAAGGUGCAGUGAAACGUGUCCGAAAAUCAACGGAGAAGUUGGACGCAAUUAUUGAUAAGAUAAUCAAUCAAAGGUUGGAGGAGAAGCAAAGUGGGCACACAGUAGAGGAAUUCAAGGACUUUCUACAAUUCCUAUUAAAGUUGAAAGAUGAGGAUGAUUCCAAGACCCCAAUGACCAUGAUUCAUAUCAAAGCCUUGCUCCUGGAUAUGGUGGUGGGAGGAUCAGACACAUCAUCCAACUCAAUUGAGUUUACAAUGGCUGAAAUCAUCAACAAACCAGAAGUAAUGAGAAAAGCACAGCAAGAACUUGAUGAAGUAGUGGGCAAAGAUAGCUUCGUGGAAGAAUCCCACAUUCACAGAUUCCCAUAUCUCCUUGCAGUUAUGAAAGAGUCAUUGCGUCUGCACCCGGUUUUACCACUCCUAGUCCCCCAUUGUCCUAGUGAACCCAGCACCGUAGGUGGCUACGCCGUCCCUAAGGGUUCAAGGGUGUUCGUCAAUGCUUGGGCAAUUCACAGAGACCCUUCUAUCUGGGAAAACCCAUUGGAGUUCAACCCUGACAGGUUUUUGAACAGCCAAUGGGAUUUCAGUGGGAGUGAUUUCAGAUAUUUUCCAUUCGGGUCUGGCCGAAGAAUCUGUGCUGGAAUAGCUAUGGCUGAGAGGAUGGUGUUAUAUUCGGUUGCCUCACUGUUGCAUUCUUUUGAUUGGCAAGUGCCGGAGGGUAAGAAGUUAGAUCUUUCUGAAAAGUUUGGGAUUGUGUUGAAGUUACAGAAUCCACUUGUCGCAAUUCCGACACCAAGGUUAUCAGAUCCAGCUCUUUACCAGCAAUAGUUUUUAGAUUUAUUUACAUCCCUUCUAUUCCCGCUCAUUUGUAUUAAUACAACAUAAGCCUCCAUCAACCAUCAACUUAUUAAACAAACCGAAAACAUACAAGGCAUGUUCAUUUGUUUAUGUUUGUUUAAUAAAUCAUAAACCUUAUUUAUUGUUAAUUAUAA